GAUCCGAUUCGUGCGAUGUGACGUAAGCGGGAGGCGUUGUCCGGUGAGCUCUGUCCGUGUCACAUUGAUCCGCGAAAUAAAAUACCUCUUUAUUUAGAUACGCAGCGGCCCUUACAACUAUCGCCCACAGCGCUUUCUUAUUUGUGGCCCUUUUAUUUGUUUGAAGCCGUGAAGAUGAUCAAAAACGGACACCACGCCACCGACGACGAUCAGAUGCGGGACGCCGGGUGCUGUAAGCCGGGUGGAGCAGUGUGCAGCCCAGAGAAGAGAAAGCGCCUUGUCCGCUUGUGGUGUGAUGGCUGUUAUGACAUGGUUCACUACGGCCACUCCAACCAGCUUCGCCAAGCGAAAGGCAUGGGUGAUUACCUCAUAGUCGGAGUACACACUGAUGCCGAAAUCUCAAAACACAAAGGACCCCCUGUGUUCACACAAGAGGAGCGGUACAAGAUGGUGCGCGCCAUAAAAUGGGUGGAUGAAAUAGUUGAAGGAGCGCCUUAUGUGACCACCCUGGAGACCCUUGACAAAUACAACUGUGACUACUGUGUGCAUGGAGAUGACAUCACCCUCACAGUAGAUGGUAAAGACACAUAUGAAGAGGUGAAGCAUGAGGGGCGGUACAAAGAGUGUAAGCGCACUCAGGGGGUCUCCACCACUGACCUGGUGGGGCGCAUGCUUUUAAUGACCAAAGCCCAUCACAGUAACAUGAGUAACCCAGAUUAUCAAACGCAUACAGACAACUUCGGAAAGGGUCCCAAAGGACACAGUCCAUGGACAGGAGUUUCCCAGUUCCUCCAGACGUCACAGAAAAUCAUCCAGUUUGCCUCAGGAAAGGAGCCACAGCCCGGAGACACAAUUAUCUAUGUAGCUGGGGCUUUCGAUCUCUUUCAUAUUGGCCAUGUCGACUUCUUAGAAAUGGUUUAUAAACAAGCAGAGAAGCCCUAUGUCAUUGUAGGACUGCACUUUGACCAGGAAGUGAACCGGUACAAGGGCAAGAAUUAUCCAAUCAUGAACAUCCACGAGCGAACGCUGAGUGUGCUGGCCUGUAGGUAUGUGUCAGAGGUGGUGAUUGGAGCACCUUAUGCAGUCGGAAAAGACUUGUUGGAUCAUUUCAAGGUAGAUUUGGUUUGUCACGGUAAGACAGAAGUGUUUCCAGACAAAGAUGGAUCAGAUCCCUAUGCUGAACCAAAGAAGAGAGGCAUCUUCAGGACUGUUGACAGUGGGAACAAUCUCACCACCGACGACAUUGUCCAGAGGAUUAUUGAAAACAGGCUGCAGUAUGAAGCUCGAAAUGAGAAGAAGGAAGCCAAAGAGAUGGCUGUGAUUGAGGCUAUGAAGAAGAGAGAGGCUCAAGAGCAGGGAACAGCCACAGCACAAGCUGCUCAGUAGAAAAAUUGUACCUCUUGUUUAAACACUAGUACUUGUAGCUUUACAUGGGACAAACCUGGAGGAGCCAUGUUGUCCCGUACUCACCAUGAAUGUAUGAGAUGGCCAGUCCAAUAUUUGGCUACACACCUCUUCUGUUAGUUUGUUUCAGCCCUUGUGUACAUGAAAUAGAUCUAUUUUAAAGCAUUUUAACAUAUAUCAACAAGUAUUAACAAGUUUGAACUCCUAAACCAUUUAUUGGUUUAAUUAACUCACAUGUUAUUUUAAAUGCAAAAUAAUAUGUUUUAACUAUCCAUAACUUAUUGACAAAAUAUGUUAGGUUUGUGUUUUCUUUAGAUUUUAAACUUAAAAUCUAUUUUUUGUUGUCAUAGAGGCGUUAUCACUGUGGGUGGAUGUGGGCUUUUAUAAACUGCACUGUUUCUUAUGUCAUUGCUGACAUCAGUGAAGUUGAAUUCUGCUUUUAACUUAAUCUAGCUAAAUUUGCACCAGGAGUAUGACAGAGAGAGAGAUGCGUGUGUGAAUGCUCUGAAUGACAGUAGUGCCUAUUUCCUAAAAUUGUAACUUCUGGGCUGUGUGUUUUUUUUUUUUUUUUUUUAUUUAAACCACUGGACUGUUAUGUCAUAUUAUUGAGGUGUGCAGGUGUAAUACAGACAAUCUGAAAAGAUGUGGGACCCAUUGUUAAUUGUCUUUAAAACUCUUAUGUGAAUAUCUACGGUUCUGUGCUUAAGUAUUCGUGUAUGUGCAAAAAUUACACGAAAUCUGCCCACAUGUAAAAACAGUUAAAUUAGGAAUUCUUGAUACUUGCAAUGUAAACGAUAUAGUGUUUCAAAAUUUCAAGAUGUCCUGGUACCGAGGUUCAUUAUAGGAUUAUAGGGGAAGCAAUUAUUAUAUCCAACAAUGUAUCUGCAGUAAAAUCUACCAAACCCUGUGCAAAAAUAGUGUUUAUUAUAUAUAUAACCAUUAUAAAGAUGCACAAAUAACUCAGUUAAAAUCUUUCUAAAUCCUUUACACAGUUAUGUAUGCCUCUUCUGUCUAUUGUUUCAGAUGGGCAAUAUGUAUGUUUAUAUGCGUUUUGGUGGCUACAUAAUACAGUGCAGGAAUUUUCACAGCUUUGUAAUUGUCAACUUGAGAAAUCCUUUUUAACAAAUAAAUAUCUAAUAUGACAAAUGUA